UAAACACCCUGAUCGGCUCCAAACAUUCUCUCAGAGACACACUCGGAGAGGGAAGGCGAUGGCUUCCAUGGGGUUGCAGAUGGCGGGCUGCGCCAUGGGCCUGCUGGGCUGGAUCGGGGUGCUCAUCGUCUGCGGCACGCCCAUGUGGCGGGUGACGGCCUUCAUCGGCAGCAACAUAGUGACAUCCCAGGUCGUGUGGGAGGGCAUUUGGAUGAGCUGCGUGGCCCAGAGCACGGGCCAGCUGCAGUGUAAGGUGUACGACUCCAUGCUGGCUCUGAGCAGCGACCUGCAGGCGGCCCGGGCCCUGGUGGUGGUUUCCAUCGUCACCGGCAUCGCGGGCAUCUUCAUAGCGUUCGUCGGCGGGAAGUGCACCAACUUUAUUCCAGAGGAGAGGGCCAAGGCGAGGGCCUCGGUGGCAGCAGGCGUGUUGCUGAUCAUCAGCGGGCUCCUCUGCCUUAUCGCCGUUUCGUGGACUGCCGGCAUUAUCAUAAGGAACUUUUACAACCCCCUGCUGGUGGAUGGCCAGAAAAGAGAGUUGGGGGCCUCUCUGUACAUCGGCUGGGGGGCCGGGGCGCUGCUGCUCUUGGGAGGAGCGCUUCUGUGUGCCAGCUGUCCCCCCAAGGAAGACAAAAAACCUUCGGUGAAGAACCUCCUGAACAAUUCUGAAGGAAACGGCAAUGAGGAAUCAAUAUACUCGUUUACGCCGAACAAGACGUAUAUCUGAGAUUUCUGAAGGCACAAAUGAGAUGUCUGUCAUGAAGUAAAAUACACUCACGUGUUUAAUCAGCUGCUGUGAAA